UGGCUGUUACCAAAGUUAGGUAGACUGCUAAGGCAGUUAACUGUGAAAACUCAGUUUUUGAUACUUGGGGUCUUCAAUCUGUAGAGAAGAAACAAAGCUAAGAUAUAAACAACAACACAAAACCAAAAGGAAAGGGAACAAGGAAGACAUACAAUUAAAGGUUUAUUUCCUACAUGAAUGUUUAAAGUCUUUCACAAUGGAACCACCAGUUACAUAUGUCACGCUUUUGCUUUUGAAUGUAUUUGAAUUUUCAUCAGGAAUAAUACAUAAUAGUGGUAAGGAGCGAACUUACUUUUCUUGUUCCGGUGAUGGGAUCCUCACAGGCCUGCAUACAAUCAAGUUGUUCCUUACCACUGACAAUUUGAAAGUCUACUGUUUCUUCCGAAAUGAAAACGAAAGUCCUUCAAGAGAAAUUUUGGGUCUUUUUACAUCAGGAGGCCUUGCUCCCAACAUGAUAAUUAUGAACAGUACAUACUACGGUGGCUACCAUUUUAAAUUAACUCCGUUCAGUGAUCGGCUUGAGUGGAUAAUUGAUAUUCCUAGAGAAAACAUCACAGUAAACACAGACAUUGCAGCCAUAGAACAAUGGAUAAUAAAGAUCACAAUGCAUGAAGGAUUAAACAUUUAUGAUACUGAUGGGACCUUAUUGGAUAUUGUUCGAGAGCCUAUUAUUCAGUGGAAUCUUGGGCGUGUACUUACAGAAAUGGAACUCAAAACUUUAUAUCCAGAUGUGGAAGAUAUCAAAGUGACAAAGAGCCCCUGUGCCAAUGAUGUGGCUUUAAUAGGCUUUAUUAUGAAACCAUCAUCUAAUGGUGUUUUCAUAGGCAAAACCAUUUCUGGAUUUUGGACCUAUGAGGAAUGCAUAUGGUAUGACAUGACAGAGAUCAUCUAUGCAGAACUUAAAGAUGAACACGAAGGACUCACAGUGAUAGAUUUGGUUUUAACAAAUCAUUUUUUAGUCAUCCUUACCUCUUUGGGUCUUUAUGUAAGUAGUGAUCUUCGUUAUCCAAAGACUUCACAGAUAAAGCUUUCAAGAGCAGAGUUUUGUGGAUUUGAAAGGGUUGACUACAUAAGAGGAAAGCUGUGGUAUAAUGAAAAAUGUUUUGCAAACAGAGAAAGUUUUGAAGUUGAUUAUGUUACUAUCACUUUCAAGAGAAACAGGACCCUCAGUGAGUCCAGUUCUUGUUUUUUCAGUAAAGAACCAUUUCUUCAUUGGUUACCUUGUGUAUUGUCUACUAAUAAAAAUGAAGGAUCCAUUCCACGUGUGAUAACAUUUCUUAUUGACCAAGAAACUGAAAGUGGAAUUUAUUUCUUCCAUUUGCCAGAUACGAAAGAGACUUAUGUCACUGUAGCUAUGCUCAAAGAUGGGAAACCAAGCACUCGACCAAAAUUUCCUAGUUUCCGAUUUCCUUCAACAUUCACUUAUCCACUUGGAAUGUUGUUCCAUCCCCGAAGCCACUUUCUGUAUGUUUAUGGCAAUCAGGUAUGGGUUUCAAUGGAUGGUGGCAAUACUUUUGAAAUGGUGUGUAACUUAUUCUUACACCAUGUAAGGAAGACUUCUCACAGCUUUUAUACUUCAGAUAUUGUUUUAAUGGUAGAAGAUGGAAGGAUUUUGACAACAAAGGCAGGAUUUUUGAGGUAUAAUGAAUUGGGGACAUUAAAUGAUACAAUUUUCACAUUGUACUAUGACCAAUUGGGAUACAUACACAAACUGACUCCACAGGCCUUUGAUGCUGGUUCAAAACUUUUAGGGUAUGGAAGUUCUGGCAGUAUUUUUGGAAAGGCACCUGAUUUGGGAUUUGAAACUGCACUAGUUCCGCAAUACAUCUCUCCCAAUGAAAUGUUUUUCUUUUCAUAUGUACCUCUGACUAUGCCUACCAGAAUUCAGUGGCAAAAGAGAUUUAGAACUAUUCACUUUGGGAAAAUGAUAAAGUUCAGUAAAGGUGGAGCUGCUUAUAUCAGAAAUAUAUAUGAUCAUAGAACUGAACCUGUGGGAUUACAGACAUCCGCUCACACAACAAUAAUGGAACCUUUUGGGAUGGAGGACUCAAAGGACAGCCCUUGUUUACUUAGCAAUCUUGAAAUUACAUAUUCUGGAAAUGUAUACUACACGCUUACACUUCUAUCAAAAGAUCCCCAGAAUUCGUUUAAAUCUACAGAUGUAGAAAAGUCUGUGGUAGUACCUGGCCAUAGUAGCUUUCUGAUCAUGGAAAUUAAGGAUGAAUGGACUGCUUCUGCCUUUGCUACUAUGCCUCAAAUAAUAAAAUCAACAUUGACAUUUUCAGCAGGCUCUUGGUUCUUAUACAACUUUGGCACAGUUGGGGGACGGAAUUGGACCAUAAGUGCAAAACCAUGUAAUUUUUUGAUUCAAGAAGAUAGUCUUGAUUUUAUGUCCCUUAAUCUUGUAAAGUAUAUUGAUGUGGGAAACAAAGUAGAUUUUCAAUUUAAGAUUAUUCCAACAGACAUUUCAACAUAUCCUGUCCCUCCUACCACUGUGAUUAUUGGAAACCCAGUGUUGGUGGAUAUUAAUGCAAUAGGUACUUUUGACGUCAAUCAAAAUUUUCUUCUAAAGGUUCAGGUAGCUGGCAAACUUUUUAAAAAAGGUUCCACUUCACUAUCACUGAUACUUUGGGAGGGACCAACUUCAUGCUUUGCUACUACACUGCUGCCAACCAUAAAGAGCAGCUGCAGUUACCUCAGGACUAUGCACCAUACUCCUGGUAGGCACAUACCACCUGAAGACUGGAUUAGUGGAGUUCACAAGGACAGUCAAGGUUUUAAUAUGAUCAAAACUCUGCCGAUAAACUACAGACCUCCAUCUCAUAUGGGAAUUUCUAUUCCACUCACAGAUAAUUUUUAUCAUGCAGACCCUAGCAAGCCCAUACCAAGAAAUCUAUUUCACAGGUCAAAGGAAACUGGCAAAUACAAACAGUGUGCUAAUGUUACCAGUCGGGCAAAGUGCAACUGCUCAGAACAUCAAAAGUUUUCACAUGCUGUUGCUUUCUCAGACUGCAAAGAAAAGGUUCAUCGCUUCAAGUUUCCAGUCACACAAUACCCAGUUGUUUUGGAAAUUUUCAAUGAAAGAGAUAAAGUCUCCGCAGAACCUCCAUAUUUAGUUACCAUAACUGAAGUGAAUAUGAGGAAAAACUGGCAACUAAAGCACAAUGAGCCAGAAAAUGUUAAGAAAAUGAAGAAUUACUUAGAGCCACUGCUUAAGACUCCAGUAUAUAAUCCUUUAGGUCUCAACCUAACCAUAAAGGGCUCUGAGCUGUUUCACUUCAAGGUGUCUGUGGUUCCUGGAGUCAGCUUUUGUGACUUAAGUGAAGAAUUUCAGAUUUAUGUUGAUGAUGUACCAUUGCCUUUUCCAGGACAUGCACUAAUAGCUGUUGCAACAUCUGUAGUGCUAGGGGGAUUAAUUUUUAUAGCAUUUGUGUUCCAACUGCGUAACAUCCACCCACUCAGAGCAGUGAAGAAAUUCAUUACUGGACGUCAUACACUCACCUCAAGUACAACUGUUAACUCAUAAUUGGAAGUCUGUAUAAUUAACCAAUGAUAAUUGAAUAUCUUUGAAUCCUAGUUCCAUUAAACAUGUUCAUAUAAUAUACUUAUAUUUUUUAAAUGUGCAUUUGGUACUAUGCUAUACAAUUAUUAUACUAUUAUAAUUCUAAUUCCUGAUGGUCAGCAGUUCCACAUUACCUUUUCUUAUUUUUAAAAUACAUAAAAGAUUGUUUUAGCACUUACAUGGAAAUGUUUUUUUUUUGUGGGGGGGGAGAGGGAUUGUUUUCCAAAAUAUAAAGUGAUAA